CUUGCAUGUUUCAAAUCUCUCUCUCUCUCUCUCUCUCUCAAACACACAAGUCACACGUAGAGGGAUCAAUUGUACUGUCCAGCUAGAAUGUCUGCAAGAGACAAGCUGAAUUUUUUUAAAGAUGGCGUGAGUACUAAAUUGCCUCCGGGAUUUCGGUUUGAGCCGACUGAUGAAGAGAUAGUUUUCCAGUACUUGGCCCGUAAAAUAUUUUCAUAUCCUUUGCCAGCUUCUGUCAUUCCAGAAAUCAGCAUUUGCAAAUUUGAUCCGUGGGAAUUGCCAGGUGAUUCGGACCAGGACAAGUACUUGUUCAGCGUCAAGGAAAAUGGAAACCCAAUGAGUCGAGCGACUAGCUGUGGUUACUGGGAGGCGAUUGGGAUAGACAAACAGAUAAUGUGUUCGAAUUGGAUGCCAAUAGUGGGAAUUAAGAAGACGUUCGUAUUCUAUAAGGGAAAGAACUCGCAAACUAAUUCAAGAACUGAUUGGCUCAUGCACGAAUAUCACAUUGCCCGUGUGGGAAACACACAGGGGGCAAAUUCUCAGGAUUCCUUUACCCAAAUUGGAAAUUGGGUUUUGUGUCAUAUAUUUCUUUACAAAAGAAGCAACCAUGCUGAUGGCAUUGGUAGCAGUUUACAAGAUUUCACCAAGGUUGAAACAUCGUCUGAGGAUUCGGAUUCUUCUUCUUCCUCAUCCUCUUCUUCAUAUUAUGAUUCUAGUGUUCUUACUGAUGUCUCUUCAAAUUCAUCCUCUGAUGACUAAAAUGCUUAAUGUACUUUCAGAAUCUCAGAUAGAGGUAAUAUUCUUCUGUUUGAUGAAAAAUAUAUCAAAAGCUUGGUUUGCAUUAAA